AUGGCGGCGGCGGGGCCCGGGCCGGGGGCGGCGGGGGUCGCGGGCCGCUUCGCGGGGCUGUCGCUGGUGCAGCUGAACGAGCUGCUGGAGGACGAGGAGCAGCUGACGAGCAUGGUGCAGGAGAUGGAGGAGACACAGAACGUUCAGCUUAACAAAGAGAUGACUCUUGCCAACAACCGGAGCCUGGCAGAAGGAAAUCUUUUGUACCAACCACAACUGGACACUUUGAAAGCCAGUUUGACUCAAAAAUACCAGGAACUACAGGUUCUCUUUGAAGCCUAUCAGAUCAAGAAAACCAAAUUAGAUCAGCAGUCCAGCAAUGCUUCUCUGGAGACAUUGCUAGCCCUUCUUCAAACAGAGGGAGCUAAGAUUGAAGAAGAUACAGAGAACAUGGCGGAGAAGUUCCUUGGCGGAGAAGUCCCGCUAGAUUCAUUCAUCGACGAAUAUCAAAAUAAACGGAAACUAGCCCAUUUACGUCGAGUGAAAAUUGAGAAACUUCAGGAAAUGGUGCUCAAGGGCCAGAGACUUCCAAAGGCCCAAGUCCAGCUGCAGCCUAGGGUGCCAGAUUCAACACCAGCUCCCAUGGUGCCCUACCCAGCUUCAGAUGCCAGUGUGCCCCCUUCAGUUGUGCCCCGGCGUAUCCCUCCACCACCACCCCCAGUCCCUGCCGGACGGUUUGCGACUCCAUUUACAGCGGCCGUGGGAUCAGGACAGGCCUUUCCUUACCCGGGAUUGCAGUGCCCUCCUCUUCCCCCCAGGGUGGGCCUUCCUUCUCUCAGUCACAACCCCCAGCCAGGAUACCCUGCUCAGUUUGCAUCACCAUACCCCCCGGCCCUCCCUCAGAGACCUCCUCCCAGGCUGCCUCCACAUCCUGGCUUCAUCCUUCAGUGAGUCUGCGGCUGCAUCUCCAUCCCUGAGUCAGUGCGUGGAGUUUGUAUUACUCUUUCCCCAGUCCGUGGGGAGCCUUCUGGGCUCUGCACGCAUGGGAGGAGAAAAAGGUCAGACUGUCUCGUCAGGGGGCUCCGUGUCUUGUGGGGCAAGAACAUGUUGUGUUUUUAGAAUCAUAGUUUCUUUGGUAGGUAGUGUGAUGCCACUUGAUUUGUGUAAACCCAGCAGGUUUUAUAAGCUGGGCUGGAGAAAGAAGCUGACCUACUCUGGGUUUGUUUGCAGCUCUUGGUGAGAUCUCUUAAUGUUCUAGUGCUGAUAGCUGAGAAAUUUGGGUUAGAAGAAAAACUUAGCUACCUGCUGUUGUUCCAGCCACAUCAAGAAUUGUGUUCCCAUUGCAGUUCAUUUCAGCAUGUUUAGUUCUAGGUUGAUUUUCAAAAGCCAAUUCCACAUUGAUCAGGCCAGUAUUGGACGGUAACUGUCUUAGCUUAGGGGCAAAGCAGCAUUGGGGUUCUCUGCUGCUUUUAAAAUCCUAGAUGGGCACAGCAGGUCUUAAUUUGGUGUAUUUACUUUCUACAUAGAAUCUGCUUUUGGAGGAAGAUCAUUACUAGCACCCUCCACCUCCCACCCCCCCCACCCCACCCCCAAACCUUGCUGCUUUUAAGAUGCUUAGAAGCUGCAAAGCAAAGUUUGCACUUGCCUAAAUGCUGUCUAUACCUUCAGAGCCUCAGAAAUCCAGGCCCUGUGGAGAGAACUGGAGAGAGGUAUGGGACCUAGGUUUUUGUGUUAAGGAUUCUAUACCUGAUAUUUCCUCUUCAUCCCUCUCCUUCCCAUACCCACCCCCAAAGAGCUCACCCCCAAUAAUUUCCAAUAAGAAACCCUCCAAAAAUAUUUUUACAACUUGUGAAAUUUUCCUGUUUUCUACAAAAAAAAAAAGUUUGAUGCUCACAGCACCAUUCAGGGAAACUCAAAAAUUUAGAAUACUUAUCGUGCAGAUAAAAUGCAAAUUCCUCUCUUGCAAGCAACGCAUUGUUGCACGUGUGUGCCGUGCCUUAGGAUCGCUGUUGGUGACUGGACUUGUGACUCAUGGUAGCCUUUCCAAUCACCUGAUGGCCAUAGCCUCCUUUUUGACUCCAAGGGCUUGGGAAUAGGCUGCUAUGGAGGACUUUGCCCUAGUCUGACUUGGGGGCAUCCUCUAGAGUCUGUGGCUCUCCUUUCAGGGAAAGGCUUUUUCUUAUGAUGGCGCUGAUGUUCAUCUGUCUGCAAAAACAGAAGAAAAACCCUGUCCCGUUGAGCCUGAAAUGUCUUUAGCAUUAUUCUCUGCACUCCAUGUGAUGUGCAGAUGGGGAUAGGUUCUGAACAUGGUGCUGCAGGGAACAUAGUGUGUGUGGGGGCGGGGGGAGGGACGAUGGAAAACAUUUCAAAUUGGUUUGCGGGAAGGACUACAGAUGAUGGGGAUGGCUAGAUGAGGCCACACUGACAUAUGCUCCCCUCUGAUAGUGAACUCUGUAUCAUACCAUCUGGUUGAGCCUUCAGCCUCAGUGUUGUGGCUGUGGCCAGGGACACUGCAUAGCUGUUACCAAAAGGGCCUCUGAAACAGUAGGCAGGGCCCCCGGCGGCACAGGUCAGCAGCGUCUUCCAGGGUGUCGACGGUCAACUUCCAAAGAGGCUCCAAAGGUGCUUGGAACUUGGAGAAAGGUAGAGCUGAAAUGGGGUUCCUCUCUGUCCGACUGCUGGCAGCUCGUGCCAACCUUUGUAUUCAUUCCUGUAAACAGUUGUGAUUCUGUACUUGAACUCCACUGUAUGUAUGGUCGACCAUUUUAAAAGAAAAUCAAUUGUAAUAGGAUGCUAGGUGCCACGUCAGUCAAGUGGACUCGCCAGUUAAUCUCCAUGGCUUGAAAUGCCAUUGUUUUUGUUAUACCUCUUUAGCUGUGCUCCACUCUUCAAGGAAAUCUGGCUCCCACAGCAGUUGAGUCAGCAGCCAAAAGUAUUUACCUUUGUGUUUUCUUUUUGAGAUUGUGAAAAUGGCACAAAGAGGCUGGCUUUGUCCUCUCCUUCCGGGGGCCAUGUUUGGAACUGUGAGUGUAGGUCUGUAGGAAACUUUAAUAAAAGAAAUGAUUAUUAAUAA